CUAAAUUUGAAUUUUUUGGGAGAAAAUAUCUAAAUUUGAAUUUUAAACGGUCUAGUAGUUAAGGGCCAGCCAGUGUGUCCAAUGAUUCAGCUCCUCUCUCUCCUCAGAGCUGGCAAACCCUAAUUUUAACCUCACCCACCUCAGCCUCCGGUCAACUAACCCCAAUUAGAUUUUCCCCCUUUAAAAACCACAAGCCUCAGACCUAAAUCUCGUACAACCCAACCCAAAACGAAGGCGUCUUGGUAAACGCCGCCUCUCCUCCUCCUUCUUCUUCCUCCUCAACAUCCUUGCAUUUCCAAAACCCUAUCCCUAACCCUCAGCGAAAAUGAGAGAGUGCAUUUCAAUCCACAUCGGUCAAGCCGGUAUCCAAGUGGGCAACGCCUGCUGGGAGCUCUACUGCCUCGAGCACGGCAUUGGCCCCGAUGGCCAGAUGCCCAGCGACAAGACCGUCGGCCGCGGCGACGACGCCUUCAACACCUUCUUCUCCGAGACCGGCGCCGGCAAGCACGUCCCUCGCGCCAUCUUCGUCGAUCUGGAGCCCACCGUCAUCGACGAGGUCCGCACCGGCACCUACCGCCAGCUCUUCCACCCCGAGCAGCUCAUCUCCGGCAAAGAGGACGCCGCCAACAACUUCGCCCGCGGCCAUUACACCAUCGGCAAGGAGAUCGUCGAUCUCUGCCUGGACCGCAUCAGAAAGCUCGCUGAUAACUGUACCGGGCUUCAGGGGUUCUUGGUCUUCAAUGCGGUUGGUGGCGGUACCGGGUCGGGUCUCGGGUCGUUGCUUCUGGAGCGGCUUUCGGUCGAUUAUGGAAAGAAAUCCAAGUUGGGUUUCACUGUGUACCCUUCUCCUCAGGUUUCAACUUCUGUUGUGGAGCCUUACAACAGUGUUCUCUCUACCCAUUCUCUGCUUGAGCACACCGAUGUGUCUGUGUUGCUCGACAAUGAGGCCAUCUACGACAUCUGCCGGAGGUCUCUUGAUAUCGAGCGUCCCACGUACACCAAUCUCAAUCGCCUUGUCUCUCAGGUGAUUUCUUCUCUGACGGCCUCUUUGAGGUUCGAUGGAGCUCUGAAUGUGGAUGUGACUGAGUUCCAGACCAACCUGGUUCCUUACCCCAGGAUCCAUUUCAUGCUUUCAUCUUAUGCUCCGGUGAUCUCUGCUGAGAAGGCGUAUCAUGAGCAGCUCUCGGUGGCUGAGAUCACCAACAGUGCAUUUGAGCCAGCUUCUAUGAUGGCCAAGUGUGAUCCCCGCCAUGGCAAGUACAUGGCAUGCUGUUUGAUGUACCGAGGUGAUGUGGUGCCCAAGGAUGUGAAUGCGGCGGUGGCCACCAUCAAGACUAAGAGGACAAUCCAGUUUGUGGACUGGUGCCCUACUGGGUUCAAAUGUGGUAUCAAUUACCAGCCACCCACUGUUGUUCCGGGCGGUGACCUUGCCAAGGUGCAGAGAGCUGUUUGCAUGAUCUCCAACUCCACCAGUGUCGCCGAGGUGUUUUCUCGCAUUGAUCACAAGUUUGACUUGAUGUAUGCCAAGCGUGCUUUCGUGCAUUGGUAUGUGGGUGAGGGCAUGGAGGAAGGAGAGUUCUCGGAGGCUCGUGAGGAUCUUGCUGCUCUGGAGAAGGAUUAUGAGGAGGUUGGCGCUGAGUCCGCCGAGGGAGAUGAUGGCGAUGAAGGAGAUGACUACUGAGAAUCUUGAGCUUCAUGCCUUUAUGUGUUUUGGUAUUUCUAUGUUUUUGUAUUGAAUGCUGUUUGUGGCUGGUGUAUGUGAGCUAUGCAUCUUCAUAGCACAGACUUCUCUAUGUUAAGUAUAUGGUUUUAUUUUCUAUGUUAGUUUGGUUUUAUUUGCUGCUGCUUCUGCAAUCUAUCAUAUAUUAAUAA